CACGCCCGCGCACAUCGACCUCACGGUGCUGCCCAUCGAAGAAGUACUCAUGCCCGCUGAAGACGUGAGCGAUCUUAAAGACGUCGUCGAAGCGAUCAACCGCCUCUGCGAGACUAUGAAGGCGUCGGACUACGACGACGAGGACAUGUAUGAAGACUGCGGGCCGGCGGAUGAGCCGGCGGACGAGCCGGUCGCGGCGCCCGCGUACGUGGAGUGCUCGCCGGAGCUGGUGAGCCCCGAGCAGGUGACGGUGCGUUCGGUGGAGACGUACCGAGCGGAGCGCUGGAGCGAGGACGCCGACCACGCCGCCGCGGUGUGCGAGCCGCCCAGCGAGAUGUACUACACCGCCUCCUCGGAGGUGUCGCUCCUCUCCGACCUGGACUUGCCCGAGCGGGGGCACGAGGAGGACGAGCGGGAGGAGAAGAAGGAGUGCGUGAUGGCGGGACACGUGGCCGCCAUGCGCGAGCGGUUCGAGAGUAUGACGCGCACGAACACGCCGUGUCCGGACCUCAUGCGGUCGUCGUCGCCGUCGCUGGACGUGUUCCGGAACAUCACGCCCUCGCCCGACCGGCUGGGGUGAUCGGGAUGCCGAUGUUCAUAUAACCUGUUCCACUAACCAGUAUUCCUUUGGUAUUGUGCAGUCUAGUCGCGUCCAACAUUUGUAAUAGAACGAACGUCGACGCGUUCGCUUGGUCCGGUUGUGAUUCAUUUCGAGCAGAUUACAACACAAAACAGUUACAUAUCUUAAAAUAUUGGUUGUUUAGUUUUAGAAUAGAAUAAUUUUCUAAGCGCAAAGUCUGUUAUGCCGGCCAAUUGGAGCCAAACAGUAUUCAAUAGACAUGCAAAAUUACAUUCUGGACGUAUGGAGAAGUAUUUAUUGUGAUCAGGGAAAGCUCAAAUUUUGUAGUUUCGUAACUGGGUAUUUGAUCCGGCGGCGAGUUCACGAAUAUACUUAAUAACAGUCUAUUAUAUCGUCAGACCAAGUAGAUAUUAACGGCUUAGUUUAGUGUAUACUUACAGACUACUAUCGAUUAAACUUAACUGAUAUAAAUAUUACGAAUUCAUAUAAGAAGUGUUUGCAUUUUACAUUGUGUUUUUUCAAUGUUGCCAUAAAUAGCUAAAUAAGUAAUGUUAGGUGUUGUCAAGUUAUUUUUAUAAAAAUUUUCUGUUCUUGAUACUUGCCUGUUGUGUUGUUUACCAAAAGAUUUUAAUUGGGUUGAAACGAAACGUAUUAUGGUGAUACUAGUUAAUGCAAUAAUUUUUGUAAUUUAUAAGCCUGUUAUAACGUUUGUAUGUAAUCCGUGUACUAUUAGGGUUUGGUAUUAAUAUUUCCUCUAACGAGUCUAGUGUUUAGUUGUCGUAUUAUCGUGUUACGUGUACAGACAAGACUUAUUAUUGUAAUUCAAUAUACGGCUUUAUUGAUA